AUGGAUAAUGACUUAGAAAGAUUCAUCAUAUUUACUGAAAGAGAAGAUUUUGAUAAAAAUCAAAGUCUUGUUACUGAAUUAUAUCAAAAUCCUAUGAAAGAUUAUUCAUUGCUUGAAAUAUGUUGUUAUCAUGGAGCUGUUGAUUGUUUCAAAUUAUUAAGAUCGGAAUUUCAAUCAGAAAUCACUCCAAAAUGUCUUAGAUAUUCGUUUUUGUGUGGGAAUCAAGAGAUCAUGAGUGAAUGUUUGAAAUAUCAAACACCAGAUAAAGAAUGCAUGAGAUAUGCAAUUAUUUCACACAACAUUGAUUUUGUAACAUUUUUAAUGAAUGAGUUUAAUAUAAUGAUCAAUUUAGAUUAUUGCACGAUAUAUAAUAAUCUUGAUUCACUUUUAGUUUAUUUCGAUCAAACUAAUGAUGUUAACAAAUGCUUUAUAUAUUCAGCAAAGUUUGUCAUCCCAUCCCUUUGCGAAUAUUUCGUUUCACAUGGUGCAAAUGUCAAUGAAAAAGAUAAUGAUGGAACUACAGCUCUUCAUAUGGCAGCAUCUCGAAAUAGUAAAGAAACAGCUGAAUUUCUUAUUUCACAUUGUGCAAAUAUCAAUGAAAAAGAUAAAGAAGGGAGAACAGCUCUUCAUUUUGCGGCGGCAAGUAGUCAUAAAGAAACAGCUGAACUUCUUAUUUCACACGGUGCAAAUGUCAAUGAAAAAGAUAACGAUGGCAAAACCCCUCUUUGUUUUGCUGCAACAAGUAAUCGUAAAGAAACAGCUGAACUUCUUAUUUCACAUGGAGCAAAUAUCAAUGAUAAAAAUGAAUAUGGAGGAACAGCUCUCCAUAAUGCAGCAUAUAAUAAUCAUAAAGAAACAGCUGAACUUCUUAUUUCACAUGGUGCAAAUGUCAAUGAAAAAAAUAAAGAAGGGAGAACAGCUCUUCAUUUUGCAGCACAAUGUAAUCAUAAAGAAACAGCUGAACUUCUUAUUUCAUAUGGUGUAAAUAUCAAUGAAAAAGAUAAUGAUGGAAGAACAGUCCUUCAUUUUGCAGCAAAACAUAAUCGUAAAGAAACAGUUGAACUUCUUAUAUCACAUGGUGCAAAUAUUUAUGAAAAAGAUUACAAUGGUAAAACCACUCUUCAUUUUGCAGCGAUGAAUUAUACUAAAAAAACAGCUGAACUUCUUAUUUCACAUGGUGUAAAUAUCAAUGAAAAAGAUAAAGAAGGAAGAACCGCUCUUCAUAUUGCAGCACGAUAUAAUCAUAAAGAAACAGCUGAACUUCUUAUUUCACAUGGAGCGAAUAUUUAUGAAAAAGAUUACCAUGGCGAAACCGCUCUUCAUUUUGCUGCAACAAAUAAUCGUAAAGAAGCAGCUGAAUUUCUUAUUUCACACGGUGCAAAUGUCAAUGAAAAAGAUAAAGAAGGGAGAACAGCUCUUCAUUUUGCAGCAUAUAAUAAUCAUAAAGAAACAGCUGAACUUCUUAUUUCACAUGGAGCAAAUGUCAAUGAAAAAGAUAAAGAAGGGAGAACAGCUCUUCAUUUUGCAGCAUAUAAUAAUCAUAAAGAAACAGCUGAACUUCUUAUUUCACAUGGAGCAAAUAUCAAUGAUAAAAAUGAAUAUGGAGGAACCACUCUCCAUAUUGAUAAUUUUUGUAAGGAAAAAAGGUCUAAAAGAUUAUUUAUUUUUAAUUGA